UAGUUCAAGUUGCCAUAGCUGCGAGUCCCGGGUGAGCAGAGUCGGUUGCUGCCGCCGCGUUGGGUCAGUUGCACCUUCGGGGUCUCUGGUUGCCGCGGGAGCCGGGUGGGGCCUCGGCGAUGAUCCGGCGUUAAGAACCUGGAGUCACCUUGGGUCUAAGGUGUUUUGGGGGAAGUGUAGAGGCAACCCAAAAGAUCAUCUACUUGACUAGACCUUUUGCCCGGAAUCUCAUGAAGAAAUGAUAGGAGGUAGGCAUCCGUGCCUAAGAAGAGCACUGAGCUCAAAGGACAGCAGCACAGAAUUCUGGGAGUGUACUUUGAGUUCCACCAGAUGCAGGAGUCUAACAACUCUCAUUGCUCAAAGUAAUUGAAAUUAAUAGCAGAAGACUUAGUGUGCACCCGGGAAGCUCAUGCCAGAAAGUGAUUCUAUCCUGUUGAAAGUAUGUAAUCCUAGCUGGGGAUUUGUAGACAUCAAUGGCAGAAUCAUCCAGUGACUCAGACCACUUCCGCUAUCGUGACCGACUUAGUCGACGGGCAGCCAGGACAAUUCACAGGGAAACUGGAAGUCAUCCUGCUGUAGAUGUCACUGCAAAGAUCAACACUAUAACCAGUACUUUACAGGACACCAGUCGGAACCUGCGACAAGUGGAUGCGAUGCUUGGGCGAUAUCGAGAGCAUAGCAUUGGGCAGGCAGGCGCUAUUGAGCAGUUAAAGGAAGAUUUGGAGCAGUCAAUAAGUCAACUGCGGAGUCAGCGCUUACAGAGAAACUCAGGAGGGAGAAGCGCCUCCGUUACCAGCCUGAGUGCAAGUGAUCUCGAUGGUGGCGCUGGGGCAGAGACUCUCCGCUUUACACCUACCUCACCUCUGAAGGACUAUGACCCACAGGGUAUUAAACGAAACAGGUCCAGAACUGGUGUUCGGUUUGUUCGGGAGACAGAUGACGCGGUCCAGCUUCAUGCUUUUCAUCAGUCCCUCCGAGACCUCAGCAGUGAACAAGUUCGGCUUGGAAAUGAUUUCAACAGGGAGCUUUCCAGAAGAAGCCGGUCGGAUGCUGAAACGAAAAGGGUUUUGGAAGAAUUGACUGAAAAGAUUAAUGAAGCCCAGAAACAAGAUGUGGUUUCAGAUCGAGUGGAGCGGCGACUUCAGGAAAUAGAGAGGGAGAUGCGCACAGAAAGAGAGCUGGUGGAAAGACGCCAGGAUCAGUUGGGACGCAUAUCCUUGAAGCUUCAGGAGGCACUGAAGAAACAAGAAACUAAAGCAGAUGAGAAUGAGGACCUAAUGAAAAACAAGCUGCGACAAACUGAAACUGAGAAGAGCCAACUGGAGCAGGAAUUGGAGCUCUCUCGCAGGCUGCUGAAUCAGUCUGAAGGCAGCAGAGAAACACUUUUGCAGCAGGUGGAAGAACUGCGCACGCAACUUACCAAAGCAGAAGGUGACCGGAAGGGUUUACAACAUCAAGUGUCUUACAUUUCCAAGCAACAGCCAAGCCAGCGGGAUGAUCAAAGAGACGACUGGAGGUUUAGAAGAGGGGUAGAGAGGGAGAAGCAGAGUGUGGAGCAGCAGAUGGCAGACCUGCGAGUGCACCUGGACUUGAACGCCAUGGCUUCCGAGCUGGAGGAAGCGAAGCGGUGCAUGGAGCGGAAAGAGCGGGAGAAAGCGAGUCUGGUGGCACAAAUGGAGACUCUAACACGUGACUUGGCAAACAAGGAAAAACAGCAAUUGCAGAUGUUGGAUCAACUUAAAGAGAUCCAGAAUCACUUUGAGACCUGUGAGGCCGAUCGUAAGCGCUCUGACCUGCAGAUCUCAGAGCUGAGUCACCACGCAGAGGAUGCGACCAAGCAGGCAGAGCACUACCUUAGUGAGUUCCAGAGGUCAGAGGCCCUGCGAGACGAGGCCGAGAAGAGGAGGGAAGACCUGAAGAUGAAGGCCCAGGACUCCAUCCGCCAGUGGAAACUGAAGCAUAAGAAGCUGGAGCGGGCACUGGAUAAACAAGCAGAGACCCUUGACCAGCUGACAGACAAGAACAGCCAGAUUCUAAAAGAGAAGGAUGAACUGAAAAGCCAGCUUUAUGCAGCGUUACAACAGAUAGAGAAUCUCAGGAAGGAACUCAAUGAUGUCUUGACCAAGCGCGCCCUGCAGGAGGAGGAGCUUCACUGUAAGGAGAAGAAACUCAGUGACCUUCAGUCUCAGCAAGCUGAACUUGAACUGGAGGUCAAGAAUUCCCUGGACACCAUCCAUCGACUGGAAAGUGAAUUGAAAAGACAGAGCAAGAUGCAAAGCCAGAUCAAAGCCGAAAAAAUUCACCUGGAGGAAGAAAUUGCAGAGCUGAAGAUGAGCCAGGCCCAGGACAAAACCAAACUUCUUGAGAUGCAAGAGUCCAUCAAGGACCUGAGUGCCAUCCGAGCAGAUCUCGCUAAUAAACUGGCUGAAGAAGAGAGAGCCAAGAAGGCUGUGCUCAAGGACCUGUCUGAACUGACGGCCCAGGCGAAGUCUAAAGAGGAAGAAACGGCUACCAUUAUCACACAGUUAAAGCUAGAACGAGACGUUCACCAGAGGGAGCUGGACGAUCUCACGUCAUCACUGCAGAGUGUGAAAAUGAAGCACGAACAGAAUAUCCAGGAGCUGAUGAAGCACUUUAAGAAAGAAAAGAGUGAAGCCGAGAAUCACAUCAGGACACUGAAGGCAGAAAGCCUGGAAGAUAAGAACUUGGCUAAAGCCCACCGCUGUCAGCUAGAGAAGCUGAAAUCCCAGUGUGAAAAGCUGACAGAGGAAUUAACCCAGAAUGAAAAUGAGAACAAGAAACUAAAGCAGAAGUACCAGUGUCUGAAGGAGCAACUGGAGGAAAAGGAGAAACAUAUAAGUAAUGAAGAAGAACACCUAAGGAGGAUGGAAGAGGCCAGGCUACAGCUUAAGGACCAACUUCUUUGUUUGGAGACGGAACAGGAAUCCAUUCUUGGUGUCAUAGGAAAGGAAAUUGAUGCAGCUUGUAAAACUUUCUCCAAAGACUCCAUGGAGAAAUUGAAAGUAUUUACCUCUGGUCCUGAAAUACAUUAUGACCCUCAUCGCUGGUUAGCUGAAAGCAAGACCAAGCUUCAGUGGCUCUGUGAGGAACUGAAAGAGAGAGAAACCAGAGAGAAGAGCGUGCGGCAGCAGCUGGUGCUCUGCAGACAGGAGCUCAGGGAGCUGACGGAGCACAAGGAAUCUGAGCUCCUGUGUCUGUUUGAGCACAUAGAGAGGCAGGAGCAGCUUCUGGAGGAGUUCCACCAUGAGAAGAGAGGUCUGCUGGAAGAGACUCAAAGAAAAGACGAAGAAAUGGAGACUCUACAGCCGAAUCUGCUAUUUAAACUUCCACCUUGGGAAGAAGCUAGUCAGUCUGCAGUGAAAACUCAGAAUGCAGCUCAAUUUGAAGAUAAAGCAGACCGUGUAAAUGCAUUAGAAACGAGUACCCGAGUGGCCUUAGACCAUCUGGAGUCUGUGCCUGAGAAACUGAGCCUGCUAGAGGAUUUCAAAGACUUCAGAGAUUCCUCCAGUUUAUCUGAGAAAACCGAUGGCAGAUACUCCAGAUACAGAAUUCACCGAGAUUCUGUUCAGCUGCGCCGAGAUGACAUCAAAUACAGAAUCAAAAGCUUUAAAGACGACAAACCUUUUUCUGAAAGUUUCCACACUCGUGACCUAGAUCACUCAUCCUCUUGGCAGGAUGGCAGUUGCCUGCUGUCUGGUCCACGGUUUUCACACUUCAACUCCUUGCCAACAUUAACCAAAAGAACCAUUGCCCCAGAUUCAGCUUCAAUCAAGGAAGAUGCCACAAGUUUACCAGUGAAUAGAACAAAUCCGCAGUCCAAGAAGGAGGAAUAUGAGAGCAAAAAAUGCAAAAUAUAACUCACAACUUUACUUGACUAUUUUACAAAUAAUACCCUAUGAUUCUUUUUGCCAUUUGGCUCAGAUUAUCUAAAGACACCAUGUGUCUUUGACUCCAUGGGACUGCCAAGCAUCGCCUAGCGUGACAUUGCAGUUGGUCUUUGUGAGUGAGAGUAAGUUUAUCCAGUAGAAGUAAUAUCAACCUAUGAAUGAUGCACAGCUCUCUUAGAGGCAGCUCAUGCAGGCAGAGAAAGUGAUCAUUUUUGCUUUAUAUUUCCCCAUCUUUCAGUGUCAUACUUUUCCACCCCAACCUUGAAUUUAUAAUUGAUGCCUUUCAAAAAUGACUUGCUGAAAGGAAAAAAAAAAGGAAUUCCCUCCAGGCAAAGUUUUCCAGCAGUUUAGAUUCAGGAGCCUUUGGACACGGCUGGUUUCUAAAUGCUUUCUCCCUAAUCAAUUCUCAUGUGUUCUAACGUGUCAUGGAGAUGUCUAUGUAAUAUUAGGCUGCCUUUCAAAUGCUUAUCAUCCUUCAUUUGUCAUCUCAGCAGUCUCUUAUGACACAUAGUCUCUUAAAACUAUUCCAAUCAUCACUUUUAACUGCAAAAGAAUUUAUAAAGGAUAGCUGAAUCGUAGAGCACUGGAAAGAAUUCACAGCAGUCUUUAUUUAUUUGUCUUAUUGGGGCCAAAUGUCCACUGCGAUCUUCCCAGUCACACCCUGGAUGAUCUUUGGUUUGCUCUGACCCAAAUCCCAGCUGUGCUCUCCUGUGACAGUGGGGUUCACUCUGCAAGAGUCCCUGUGUAUUUUGGUACUACCUGACUGCUUUUCAUGUCCCAGCCUUUUCAACAUCAAAGUGUUUGUAAAAACCUUACCACCUUUCCACGUCCAACUAAUAGUGAAGAAAUUUUUAUAUUACAAUGCUAAAUAAUGGCCAUCAUCAAGGAGAUGAGUCCCACUGGGCCAUGGUGGAACGACUCUGUGCAGAUACAGGAAAAAUAAAGCAAUUCCUUUGUAAUACA